GUUCUACACAUCAGGAAAGAUAGGAAAUGCCGUAUGAAAAUAGGCGGCCAAAAGUUGCUAGUAAACUGCAGCCAGGGAGACUCAGACUAGAGUGGAGGUAGAAAGAGUUGCUACAGAGUGGGUUUAGUUCUGGCUGACUUUUUGUUGCUCACUUACUGAAUUUAGACAUGUGUUACAUGGGUCAUGUGAGGACCAGAGCAGCACCAGCAUCAAAAUAGUGCCAGGCCGUUCUGAAUGCCAUGGUGUAUAUGUACUCAGAGUAGUUUUGUCAAAGAAGAUAAAGAGCCCAGCAUAGAUUUUAUCCUCAUCUUCACCCAACUACAAAAUCAAAGUUAAGCAACAACAUCUAAGAGCCCUUUUCAGGGGGACAAGAACCUAGAGGAUGGCUCUGAAUGAUUGUUUGCUUUUGAACUUGGAAGUGGACCACUUCUUGCACUGCAACAUCUCCAAUCACAGUGCAGAUCUCCCCACGAAGGACGACUGGUUCCACCCAGGGAUCUUCUAUGUCAUCCCUGCCAUCUAUGGGGUCAUCAUUCUGAUAGGCCUUGUCGGCAACAUCACCCUGAUCAAGAUCUUCUGUACAGUGAAGGCCAUGCGAAAUGUGCCCAACCUGUUCAUCUCCAGUCUGGCCUUGGGAGACCUGCUCCUCCUGGUAACGUGUGCUCCCGUGGAUGCCAGCAGGUACCUGGCCGACAGAUGGCUGUUUGGCAGGAUUGGCUGCAAACUGAUCCCCUUUAUACAGCUCACCUCAGUGGGGGUGUCUGUCUUCACACUCACGGCUCUCUCAGCGGACAGGUACAAAGCCAUCGUCCGGCCAAUGGAUAUCCAGGCCUCCCACGCUCUGAUGAAGAUCUGCCUCAAAGCUGCAUUGAUCUGGAUUAUCUCCAUGCUUUUGGCCAUCCCGGAGGCUGUGUUUUCUGAUCUACAUCCCUUCCAUGAGGAAAGCACCAACCAGACCUUCAUUAGCUGUGCCCCAUACCCACACUCUAAUGAGCUGCACCCCAAAAUUCACUCCAUGGCUUCCUUCCUGGUCUUCUACAUCAUCCCACUGUCGAUUAUCUCUGUCUACUACUACUUCAUUGCUAGAAAUCUGAUCCAGAGUGCUUACAAUCUGCCUGUGGAAGGGAAUAUACAUGUCAAGAAGCAGAUUGAAUCCCGGAAGCGCCUUGCCAAGACAGUGCUGGUGUUCGUGGGCCUCUUUGCCUUCUGCUGGCUCCCCAACCACAUCAUCUACCUGUACCGCUCCUACCACUACUCUGAGGUGGACACCUCCAUGCUCCACUUCAUCACCAGCAUCUGCGCCCGCCUCCUGGCCUUCACCAACUCCUGCGUGAACCCUUUCGCCCUCUACCUGCUGAGCAAGAGUUUCAGGAAACAAUUCAACACCCAGCUCCUCUGUUGUCGGCCUGGCCUGAUGACCCGCUCUCAUAGCACCGGCAGAAGUACCACCUGCAUGACCUCCUUCAAGAGCACCAACCCCUCUGCGGCCACCUUUAGCCUCAUCAAUGGAAACAUCUGUCAUGAAGGGUACGUCUAGGCUGAUCCUUGACCCUGUCGCCCCAGGGGUCCCCGGUUUUGCUUUAUGGCUAAAGAACCCUCACAUCUGUUGUUGUCUCUAUACCCUCCAAAGACCCUUUGGAAGGCUAUGAGUUUGUAGGCAGGUUGCAGAGAAGCCCAAAUGGAUUGCUGUGAUGUUUGAAAGGCACAUCAAGGCUUACAUUUUCCAUUUCAACUUCUGAAUGCUUCUUCUGAUGUAGAGCCAACUCUCCCCUUUUUAGAAAAGGGAAUAAGAAAUUAUUCUUUUAAGCAUCAAGCCCUGAUACACAGGUAUGGCCAAUUAAGUCACAGAAACUAUAUGAGCCACCAGAUUUAUAUAGCAGAAAAAUUAUACAUUAAAUGUCCACUUUGUGAAAGACUUCACCUUGUCAUUUCUUGAAGCAGAAACUAGCGCUUUAAAAAUAUGAUUUGAAUAAUUUUUCAGGAAUAUUUAUAAUCACAAACCAAGGAACUGUUUUUUACACUCCUAACCUGAAAGCCAACUCUAUCAAAAAGUCCCAUGUAUGAGGGACCAUUCCCAAACUGAUAACACUGGAAGCCAGUUUAAAACAAAUCCCUGAGUGUUGAUUGUUUUUAAAAGAUGUUACUGGGGACAUAGGAGAAACACUCAACACAUCAUUUUAAGGCAAAAAUACAACCAAACACAUAGACACAUAUACAAAGAUCCGUGUGAGGCUGUGGAUUGAUAUCUCACUCUGAAUUCUAACUCAAUGGAGAUCCUUUCUGCUGUUUCCCCAUUUCAAUCAUCCAUGGCAUAGUUAG